AUGCAGCCCAAUGUAUAUAUGAAUGAAAUUAGAAAAGAUAAAGAUUGGUUAUCUACUUAAAGAAAAGAGAUGCACGAAAAAAAAGAAUUAAAUAAAUUACCUAAUGGUGAAUUCAAAUUUAAACCACCUAAAACAAUUGAAGAUUAACUUGAUGAAUUAUAAGUAGUCACAAUUAUAAUUUUAGUUAUAAUGCCUAAUUGGUCAUUAUGAUAGGAAAAUUAAGAUAAAAGGAUAUAAAGGAUCAUUCAAAUUGGAACAUUGGAAAAUGAUUGAAUUAAGAUUAAGAGGAAACUUUUCAAUAUCAUAAGUAAGAUUCAUUGAUACUAAAUUGGAUAAAGAAAAUUUAAUGAUAUUACCUUUAUGGUUUAGUUGGGUGAAAACUUAGAAUUUGGUUAUUGAAUUAUAACAUAAUGAAUUGGAUGACUAAUGUGUUGAAGAAUUCAUUUUUUAAAUAUUUGAAAGAAAUAUAAAUUUAUAAAAAGUAAAACUAGGUUUCUUAAUAAUUAGAUGUUUUUGAUUAGCAAUCCUGGAGUUUACAAAGGUUUUCUGCUUAGAAAAUUGAAACAUUAUUUAAUCAAAAAGUAUGAAAAUAAUAUGGAUUUUUAUUAUCUAUUGUUGAAAAAUAAAUCAAAAUUAUCUUUUGCAAUAAUAAAAAUCUAAAGAAAUUGGUAAGUUUAAAAAAUCAGAGAAGAGAGAGAAUUUGCGAUGAAGAAAAUUGAUCAAACAUUUUAUUUUAGUUUUAAUUUAUCAAAUUGUUUUACAUAAAUUAACUGGAAAGGAUUUGAACAUCUAAUAAGAUGCACUUAUAGUUUUGAUAAUUUAGAGUAAAUCUCAUCUUUAGAUAUAUCUGAGAAUUAUUUGGGUACUUAAAGUAGUUUUAAUAAUGCUUGUUAGAGUUUAUCAACAGCUAAAGGAUUAGUUACAUUAAAAUUAAAAAAAUAACCACUUUUUCAUAAUACUACAGCAAUUUAAUAAUUGAUAGGAGAUAGAUAUGAUCGAUUAAGAAUAAAUCAUUUAGAUAUAUCAGAUAAUUCAGAUAUAUUUGAAAAAGCUUUUUAAUUAUUAGCUGAUCAAAUAUUUCUUGAAUGUAAAUCAAUCAAUUUGAAUUAUUCAUUAAAUGAAAAUAGUAGUACACUUUAUAAAUUAUCUAUCUUUACUUAAGCUUUUGAGAGGUAGAAUAAUUUAUUUGAAGCUCAAGAAAAAUUAUCAAAAUCCAAUUUCGGUAUAAAUGAAUAUAUAUUUUAGGAAAAUAUAAAUAUAAAAGUAAAUUACAAUCUUUAGAUUUAUCAAAGGUUGAAAAUUUUAAUAGAUAUGAUUAAAUUGAAGCUCUUUUAAAAACGAUUGUUUUCUCUGAAUACAGUAAUGUUAGAACACACAGUAUAGUAUUUAAUUUUAUUUAGCUAUAUAAAAUUUGGAUGUUGGAAGAACUGAAAUAUAUUGUAAAGCCUUGAAUUCAUUUUAAUCGGAGUUCAUAUUUAAAAAAUCAAAAAUUCCUAAAUAUAAAGAUUUUAAAUUGAAUUUAAAAAAUUUAAUUUACUUAGAUUCAUAAUAAGAAUAUUCUAUGAAAAUUGAUGUUUUAAAAUAAUUUUUUUUAGAUUUUUUGUUUACUAAAGAAAAGUCACUUCUUGAAAUAGAAAGUUUUAAAUUUAUUAAAAGCUUUACAAAAAAAAAUAGAAAAGAAGCUUUAAAAUUGGCUGCAGCUUAUGUUUUAGAAGCAGUACAUAAAAAUCCAAAUUUAAAGUUUUCAAUUAAUAACUUGAAAUUUUUUUAGGCUUAAUUAGAAUUAGAUCUGUAAACAUUUAAAUGUUUUUUACUAAUUCCUAAUAUAAAAUUAAGAGUUUUUAAAUAUUUUAAAGAUUCCAUGAAAGUAUAAUUUUCUUGUAAUUUUUAUAGGGUGAAGGCAAUAAUUAUUUAAUUGAAUUGGAAAGUUUUCUUUUAUCUUAACCAUAAUCAUAUGUCCAUAGUUUAUAAAUUUUUAAAUUGGAUACUAUAACAGGAAUUUCUUUUGAUGUAAGUAAAUUGAUCAAACUUUUAAUAUAUUCUCCUAAACUUUAAAUAAAAGAAUUUCAUUUUUAUAAAAUCAAAUUAAGUAAGUUUAGUUUAUCAGUCAGAGAUUUAGAUUUACAUAUUUAAAAUUCUGUCGAUCCUAAUCGAAUUAUAGGAUUAAGAAGUUUGAAAUUUGGAGAUUUUUAGGGGGAAGGAGAAGAAGAGUUUUUUAAAUAUAUUGUUUUUAGUAAAUUUGUUAGAUUAAAAGAGUUGGCCUUAAAAACUAUAGACUUUAAUCAAAUUAUUUAAAAUUUAUAAACAUAAAUAUUACCAAAGGAUAAAAAUCCACUCGAAGAAUUAUAAAGUAUAGAAUUUGAGGAUAUUUAUAUAUCAUCAAAAGAAAUAUGGAAUUAAAUAUCGAAAAUAUUUAUAUUUUAAAACAAAUAAUUGGCUUCGCUUACCUUUAAUUCUAUAAAUAUUGAUAUUAAUUUUACAUUAGGUUUUACUUAAUCAACAGUACAAAAUAUUUCAUUAGCAAAAACUUAAUAACUUCAAUAUGAUUUUCUAUUACAUAUUACUGAAUUAAAGUUUAUUGAUUGUAAUUUUAAUAGUGAUUUUUUAUCAUUCUUUUUUCCUAUUGCUUAGAUUUAAAACUUAGAAAUUAUCAAAUGCAAAAAUAUUUAAUAGUCUAUGCUUAAGGUUCAAGAAAACUAUAUAGAUGAAAUUAAUCAAUUUGCUUUAAAAUAAUUCACAAUGAAGGAUUGUACUUUUACAGAUAUGAAUAUUUUUGAAUGGAUGGUUAAUUAUGUUAUUUUAAAUUUUGAUAGACAAUAACUUGAAACUCUAAAUCUAAUAAAUUGUGAUUUAAAUGAUGAAAUGAUUAUAAUCAUCUGCAAAUAGCUUCAAAAAAUUAUUAGCAAAAUAUAAGAAUUGAAAAGAAUAUUUUCCUUAAGAUAAAUAAAUUUUUCUUAAAAUGAUAAAAUUUAAGAAUUAUAAUGGAUUAAUGUAAAUAUUAUUAUUAUAAUCUUAGCUAUUUAAUACUAUUUUGAAUUAAAAUCAAACAAUGCAAUAUGAAUUAAUUGCUUAGGAUUCUCUUCGAAAAGAUUAAGUAAAUGUUUAGAUAAAUGAAAAUUUAUUAUUUAUUGAUUAAACGCUUUUGAAUUUAAAAUAAAAACUAUACUACAAUCAUAGAAUUUUUAAGCCUAACUUCCCAAAAUAACUCAAGAAAUUAGAAAUUGAUUUAGAAUUAAUCAAUAAAAUUAAAGCAAUAAAUAAAAAUGGAAAUUCAUAAUAAUAAGAAUUAAAAAGAAGCUUUUAUUAAAGAAUUGUGACUGGAUUUAUAAUUUAUCCUGAAAGUUAAUUAAAAAAAUUAAAACUAUCUAAUGUGGAUUUAGAUCUGUUUAUGUAAUGUUGUAACAUUAGUAUUGAAUUCUCACAAAAGUAUCUUGAAUUAUCUUUGAUAAAUACAUAUAAGCAAUAAUUUAUAAAUUUAGAAUAAAUUCAUAUAGUAAAAGUAACAACUCAAAGUAGAAUAAGUAUUGAAUAAUUCUUUAGAUUGUUUCUUUUUAAUCACUAAAUUAAUUUAAAAAAAUUAUCAAUUCAUGGAUUUAAAGAACAGUUUUUGCAAAUAUUCUUAAAUCUAAGUGAUAAUCGAUCAAAUUAUUUUCUUGAAUAGAUUUCAUUUGAAGAUUGUGAAGAUAAAUUAAAUGAAAGCUAAACUACAAAAUUUAUUGAAUAAUUAAUAGUUGGAAAAUUGUUUCCAAUAAAGAAAAUAACUAUUCCAAAAGGGAUUAUAUUUGAUUUUAUAAAAUAAUUUGAUUUAAACUCAGCAAAUGAUUGUAAGAUAGAGAAAAUAAAAUUAUCAAUAGAAGAUAAGGGUAAAAAUCACAUGUCAACAAUUCUGAAAAUAUUUUCUUUACUAUUUUCUCAAGUUUCAAAAUUAUAAAGUUUAGAAAUCACAACUUAAAAUUCAGAUAGUAUAUUUUAACACAUUUAUGAAAACUGUAAAUCUGAUAAACUAAAACUUAAAAGUCUAAUAAUUAAUAGUUCUCUCAGUGUUGAUAUGGAUUUUUUUCAUUUUAUCUCUAAAUCUGUUGAAACAUUAACACUAUUGAGAAUAUAAAAAGUAAUUUAUUUAAAAUAAAAUGAAACAAAUAACUUAUUGUAAUAAAUCUACAAAUAACCUUUAUAAGGAAGCAAACUUGAUCUAAACAUUAUUGAACAUGAAGAUACCUACUUUUUAUAUUAUAAUUUAAUUUUUAAUGAAAUGUUUGGAUUUACUAAUUUAAUUUUGAGACAUCCUCUAAGUUUUGAAAAGAUGCAAUUAAGCUAUUCGAUUUUUAAAAUCAAAUAUUUGAAAUUAGAUAUGGGUAUUAGUUAUAACGAAAAUAUCUAAUUGAAUAAUGAUGCGUUAACUUUGAUUUCAUCUAAAAUGAUUUAUAGUGAAGAUAGUAUUUUGGAAGAAUUGGUCUUAAUGAAUUGUGAUUUAAAAGUUCCAGCAAUUAAAGCUAUUGUAAGUCCUGCUUAAAAAUUAAGAGAUAGAAUCAGUUAUACAAGUAGGCAAAAAUCCUUUUAUAUGAGUAUCAAAAGGAUAUGUAUCUUAUAUUCAUUUCAUAUAGGAGAAGAAGGAAUGGAAAUGUUAUUUAAUAAUUUAAUAUAUUUUGAAUAUGUGAAUAUUGAGAGAAUAGAAUUAUAAGCAAUAGAAUUGAAUGAUAAAAUUAUCAUUGAAAUGAUUAAACAUGCAAAUGAAUGGUUACAUUUUUAAAAGAGAAAUUAAAGAUAAUUUAGUAAGUUAUUUCCUAUUAGAUACUUGGAUAUAGGAAAAAAUGAAUUGUUUUAGGAUAAAGUAAUAUGGUAGAAAUUUCUUAGAACUUUUGUAUUUACUGAUAAAACACCUUAUUUAUAAAUCUUAAAUUUUCAUUAAAUGGCAUUGACUGAUUCUAUAGCAACUCAUAUUGGAUAUAAUGCAUAAAAAUUUUUAAAUUCUAAAGCUAAAAAUUAUCAAUUUCCUUUAAAAAGAUUAAAUUUUUCAAAAAAUUAUUUUUUAACAGAAAUUGGAUGGAAGAAUAUUUUUAAUAAUUUUAUUUUCCAUCCAAAAGUAUAUUUAAUUGAAUUAAAUUUGACUAGUACAUAAUUAGAUACAGAUGAGAAAUUGAAUUCUAUAUUUUUAGCUGCAUAAAAAAGAGCAUAAUUAUAAAAAAACAAAUAACUUCCUUUGCAUACAUUCUUAUGUUAUAAUGUUAGAAUAAAAGAUUAGAUUGCUAAAUAUAUUUCACCUAAACCUUUAUAAUAUGAACCUCCUGAAGAUUUACCUAUAAAAAUUGAUUAUAAAAGUUGGAGAUUAGGUAUUUUUGAUGAAUUACCAAUUCAUUUAGGAGAUCAAGUUGAAGUAUUAAAUUAGAUAAUAUAUAACAGAAAUGAAUUAAUAAUUCCAAGUUAAUUAGAUUUUUAUGAAGGUUUUAAAUUUUCUAAAUUUCAUUUAAGUUUUAUAGAACACUAUUUAAAAAUAAUUAAUUAAAUUUUUGGUGUAGAUUAAAAUGCAAUUGAAUUAACCUUUAAUUUAGCAACACUUGAUAGCUUUUCAAAUUUAUUCAGAUACACAACCGAAAAACCAGCUAAACCAUUUCCAUAUUAUAUGCUAUUUUAAAGAGAAGCAUAUGUUUUUUUUAGUAAAUCUUCAAAUAAAAUAAAAAAGAUAAGUUUAGUUAAAGCAGAAUCUUAAUCUUUAGAAGAAUUAAGUUAAUUUGAUGUCCUAUAAAUUUGGGAGAAUAUAAAACGUUUUAAAUGUAAUAUAGAUUAAAUUUUAAUGGAAUAUACUUUGAAUGAUGAUUUGGUAGAAAAAAUGCUUAAAAAAGGAUAUACUGAAAGAGAUUUUAUUUCAUUAUGUAGAUUGAUUCCACCAUCAAAUGUUAGAAUAUAAGGUUCAUUAAGCAUUUAAGCAAUUAAAGGCUUAUAUUCUAUUUUAUAUGAAACUUAUUACUUUCAAUAUUCAGUUAUUGAUUAUAAAUUUGAUAAUUUCUUAAAUAUUGGUAUUGGAUAUGGUUUGAGAGAAACUGCAUAUCGAAAAGCCGAAGGCAAUUCUUGGUCUAAUUUUUAUAGAAUGAUGUAAUAUGGAUUUUAUGAUAUUUUUGUUAAGCCUACUCAGAAAUAUGUAUUUGAUGAUUCAGUUAUUAUUUUAAAUCAAUAUUUGUCAAAAUAGAAAUGGAAUUUAUUACUAUUAGCUUUUACAAACUUUCUAUUCUUUGGUUCAGCAAUUAUUGCUCCAUUUUUCCUAAUUGAAUUUGCAACCAAAGAAAAUGAGUAAUAAUGUUAAGUUACAAAAGGAUAUUAAUAAUAUUAUUUUUAUGGAGCUUUUGCAUUAAUUUCAGCUUUGAUAGAAGGGCAUUUAUAUUUUUCUAUUUGUAAUAUAAUUCCUGAAUAUAUUACAUCAAUGGAACAUGCAGUAUAAUUUAAUGAAUAAGAGAUUAAAAUAACUGAAUAUAAAAAUUCAUUUAAUUCAAUUGAAACUAAUAGAGUAAACUAAGGUGAUGAUAAAUUAUGUAAAACACAAUUCAAAGACAGAUACAAAAAAAAAAUAGAAAAGUCUUACAAAUCUUUUUUAUCAAAAAUCAAUAGAGUUGGUAAAUCUAAAUUUAUUACUUAAAUUAAUCGAAUAAUUUAAUUUUCUAUGUCUUAAUUAUUUAAGUUUGAUCUUUUUGGUGAUGUUACCUUUAUUUUAGUACUUUAAAAUUGUAAUUAUAUUGAAUUAUUUUAUUUAACCUGUAUAAUUACUGCAUUUACAUAAGGAAUUCAUUUUAUUUACUUUUUGUACCUUAUUACAAAACGAUUUUUUAAAUCAAACAAAUCUAUUUAAUAAUUAUCAUCCUAAUUUAUCAAUGAAUUCUAUUCUAUUGGAUUUUAAGGAAGAAAUUCUGCUUUAUCGAAUUUAUUAGAUUCAAUAGCUCCGUUUAAUGUUUCAGUCAUUCCAAAUAAUUAAUUAACUAGAACCAUAUUACCAAAUUAAGCAGGAAAAUCUAUGAGUAAUCUAGUCAAAGUAUUUUAAACUAUUUUUAUAUUUAGGGCUACUUCGUUUAGUUUAUAUUUGAAGAUCUACCUUAAAUUGUAAUAUAGACUUAUUUUACAGUUAAUUAAGCAUGGAAAUAACAAGGAGAAUUAGAAUUCUUGACUUAUCUAAGAAUUGCUAUCUCAUUAUUAACAGUUGUUACUUCCUUUAUUAGGUAAUUAAUAUAUUAUUAUAAUUUAGAUUUAUGUCAAUUAGACCUACAAUUUUAGUCUAAGAUGAUUUUGAUAGAUUAUCUGAAAAAAAGAAAUUUAACUAUAACAACAUAAGAAAAGAUUUAUUAUCGAAUGAAAAAAAACAAUUACUUCAUUUUUCAGAAUUUAGCUCAUAACCUAUAAAUGAACAAAACGGACAAAACCCAGAUGAAACUCAUCCUUUACAUUUAUAAUAAUCAUAUCAAGUUCCUUGA